AUGCUGGACCUUUUAUCAAUCCAGAAGACAAUUCCCCAGAGCAACAUGGAAGCAACCGAGGACUUCUCCUUCAUGAUGGAUCCAACUCCAUCAACUCCCAUGGAAGGUACCUUCUGCUGGUCCCCAGACUUCUCAUCUCCGCGUGAUGAUUGGGAGCACCUCAAUGUCUUCGAGUAUCCACCGACUGGAAGAGUCAGUGGACUGACCAUUGGAAUAAAUUCACCAGGAAGUACUGGAAGUGAAGUCAACACUCCAACAUCCUGGACUGGACAGGACUACGAGUACUCCAAUGAUGGCAUCAGACUGCCACCGGUUAGCACUGCCUUUUCCUUCUCCAGGAACUUCUGCAAUAAUUAUUAUGACGAGCAGAACUAUCAGGAACUGCCACAGGACUACCAGGGAAUGCAGUUUGAGUUGAAUAAUGAAGAGAAUUUUAGCGUUGUUCAGGCUGUCGAGGAGUUUGAUCUGAGUUUUAUUCGGGGGGAUCCAACGAAUUUAUUCAAUGAGGGACAGGAUGGAUUCUCCAGUGGAGGAGAUUGUUAUCCUGUGGGGCACCUCGUGACGGAGGCACUUGAUAAUUAUCGGAUUAAGGAGGAGAUCGAUGAGCCCAAUCAGCUGGUUGUCACUCAGCAGGAUGCACUCCUCUUGGAGAAGUGCAGCAAUGGUGCACCCAGUCGGAAAUACAGUCCAGAAGGGAUUCAAGGGGAAAUAUCAGAAAAUGUUUUUAAGCCCUAUCGUUGCACGGUGGAUGGCUGCGGAAAACGUUACACUGACCCAUCGAGCCUCAGAAAACAUGUGAAAAAUCACACGGAGACGUCUUCGACGCCAGAUAAAUCUGUCAGAAAGUCUGUCGAAGGAUCUUUUAAUCAAGAGAACAAUCGCAGAAUUUAUGAAGGUGAUAGCAGCACUGAUAGGCAGUUUGUUGGUAUCUCUGGGGAUUGGACAAAACUCGAGGGCAUAGACGAGAGUCAACCUGAAUUCGUGCCUUUUGAAUCUGUCGCUAGAAUUUUGGGACAUGAUGACAGCUGCAUUGAUGGCGUUGGAUUGGACGAUGGCAUAACCGACUUUCAGGAGCUCAGUCCAGAGAUUGAACGACAAUUUCUGGAUCUCAAUGAUCUGGAUGACACUGAUUUUGCGUGAAAUUGUUGACGAUUGCUUUAUUAUUUCUUCACAUUUUUACGAUUUGUUGUACCGCGGGACCAAAUCCGAGGCGUUAGACGUACUUUAGAGUUAAAUCUAGUUGAGAAGUUUUAUAUUUUUGUACAUAAAUCGAAGUGUAUAUAUUCAGAAAAUGAUAAUUGAUCGAUGCUUUAAUUGUUUUUUAGUUAUUAUUCCAUUAAUUAAUUUAGAAAAUCACAGGAUUAUUCAAUUGAUUCCAUUUGUUGAUCUUAUUGAGCUCAUCUCAGACAAGUAAUCGGUUUUUCUUCGUCGGAAAAGCGAUCGCAGAUGGAUUUCUUCAAGUCCGAUGGGGCAAUCUGUUCAGUCUUGAUUGAAUCGUACUGAAAUAAAUAAGAAAAUCAAUCAUUUUUAGAGGACUCCAAGAUAUGGAAUCUAGAGAAUAUCGAGAUCGGUAAAGAUCGGUGUCAUAGGGAGAGAAAAAUCGUGAGAAAAAUGGUGUAAAAUACCAGAAAUACUAGAAUUUCUUUAAUUCACAAAUGAAAAGUGCUCUUAAUACCGUGAAUUUUCUAGUUCAUUCUGUAAUUGAUCGUAUGUACCUCCAAUUUAGUAAAGAGCACUAUAACAUUUGAAGAUCUGUCAUUUUUUAUUUGAGUUUGAAGAAAAAAUUGAUGGAAAUCCCUUAAAAAUUCCUAUCCACAUC